AUGUUUAGACAACUUGUUGAUACUCUUGCUAAACCGACAUUUAUUAAAGCAACAUUGAAUGCAGCUUCGGCAUCGGCAUCGGCAACAACAACAGCAGCCACCAAAAGCAGAGCAGCCGCCCCUGUCUCUAUAACCAUAUACCACAAUCAAAAUUCCGUGGCAUCGCUCCAAUUGUUGAAUAAGCUUGCAUCGUUUAGCGUAGUACCGUGCACAAAACAUAAACACGAGGAUACUUUGAAAGGCCAUGGCGAUUUGAGUGCCAGUGCCAAGAGCAAUGGCAGCGGCAGUAUCAGGAAAAACCAGCGUGCUAAGAAUUUGAGUUCCGCAAAGUUCGACAUUGAUAUCAGAUCCAAUGAACAACUCACCAAGCAGGAUUACGACUUUAUAAUGGAGCACUGCUUGGAUAUCCAUCCAGAUAACCAUUCGAUCAUGUUGCAACUACUUUGCAACUGUGGUUCGAGCAAGAAGAAGUUGCUCAAGGAUUUCAAUCUACACGAGCAGUUGUACAACUAUGACAAUAUAAUCAACAAGAACAAGAGUCGGCGACUGGCCCACGCUGAUGUUGAUGUUGAUGAUUCGCGGAGCUUGCCUUUGAUUAUCGAUUAUCAGAAUAAGUUGUUGGCAAAUGACGAUGCGUCGUUUGACAGAAUAAUGGCCAAUUAUUUGAGUUGCGGCAUACAAUCGGUUGACCGAAGAUCCAAGCUGGGACUUGGUUGUCUGGGAGGUCAGAGCACGCCCAGCGGUGAAGUACUUGCACCGGCUUGA